AUGGAUGAUGAUGCUCCAAAGCGGAUUAGUAAGAGAAUGGUUCAAACAUCAAGAACUACCAUCAUUACCGUGUUUGAAACAUUUUGUCAGGUCGUCGACUUACUUACACAAGAGAUGGAAAAUCGUUUCUCUGAGGCAUCCACAGCCUUGCUAAGUUGUAUGGCAUGCCUCGAUCCAAAAAAUGAUUUCGCUGCUUUUAAUGUUCAUAAUCUUGUUCAUCUUGCUACUCUUUACCCAAGGACUUCACAUCGAUUCAACAUACUGAAUUGUUUUAAACAACUUGAAACUUUUGUUGAUGUUGUGAGAAGAGAUGCACGAUUGAAUGGUAUUGAAGAUUUGGCUAGCCUAUCUCAGAAGAUUGUUGAAACCAAGAAAGAUAAAGUUUUUCCGUUACUUGUAGCGACUGCAUCUGUUGAAAGAGUAUUUUCAGCAAUGAAAUUUGUCAAGACUGACUUGCAGAAUAGGAUGGGAGAUGAGUGGUUGAAUGACAGUUUGGUAGUACACAAUGAAUGA